AUGGCGGCCGUGUCAAGCGGAGGUGCUGCUGGGUCCGCUGCGGCCGGGAUUACGCACACUGCCCGACCGACCCACGCAGGCAUGGGCUCCCAGAACCGAGCCCAGCCACCCGCCGGCAUCUGCCAAUCGGCUCGUACCAGCACGGCCGCUGGGUGCAUCACCAAUCCCGGCCACUCUUCGGCCACCAGGCCCCCCCCAGCCCGAGUGGGCCACUACGAGAUCGAGCGGACCAUCGGCAAGGGGAAUUUCGCGGUUGUUAAACUGGCCACACACAUCAUUACCAAAGCAAAGGUAAGACAAGUCAUGUCAGGGCUUUAUAGGUGAAUUAUAAUAAACUGUCAUUGUUUUAUAUGAAACCUUUAGAGAAGCUUCCAGGAUGACGCUGGGGCCUUCAGGCUCUGGAGAGUCUAACGGCCAGCCCUCUGUGGUGACACCGCUGCUGGGCUCCGCUCGGCACCGGGCAUCACCUCCUACCUUUGGUUGGAGAGAAAGUUACCCAAAAACAACGAAAAUUGGGGUAACAUUUGUUAUCAGUUUGUUUAGAGACGGUAGAAAGGCCCGAGGUUAAUGUGUGGCAGAGCGCAGAGGACGGAGAGAAGGGUACUGACGGAGAUGAAAAAGAGGAGACUGGGAGCUAGCUUAGCUUACUAGCCAAUUAGCUGUGUGGCUAAAUGUAGACAUCUCUCAGACAGGAACCAACAAACAGGGAUAUUGAAAAGAAAGCAACUUAAAAUUAGGAAAUUUACUUCAAGAGUGUACAAGUCUGUGUUUCUGGGGGGUCGAUACUCUGUCAAAUUCAGCGUUUAUACACCUCAUAGAAAAACAGGAAUGGAGAGAAACUGAUAAUGUGUUAGUGUAGUCAAACAGCUUUUUGUAGAGAUUUUUCUCUGUAUCCGAUGUACCGGUUUUGUUGGUCAUCAACCGUAUUAUCUUUGGCUGGAUAAAACAAUUGAUUCAAUGCUGCAUUGAUUUACGAACGAUGUCAAUUUAGUUAAAUUCAGACAAUCCUGUUACCGAUCAUCUCCCUUGUUUACGAUGAUUGUCAUUGUACGGAGACCCUGCUUGAGUUAAAAUGGUUAAGUCAAAAUAAUACGGUAAACUAAAGUCAGUUCAUACAACAGAUGGGCAAGUCCAAGUUAAGUCUUUUAUAAUAUCAUAAAAAAGCAACCAAAUAAACUUUGUUUGGUUGUAAAAUAUGGCUUUACUCCAUUAAAAAAAAUCAGGGCUACUCCACCUUGAAAUACACAAUAUUAAAUAUUCCCAUAAUCUGAAAAGUACAACAACACAGCAGCAACACAGUUGCCAAAUAAAUCAGCACACAGGACAGUGAAUAGAAAUAGUUUAUUGUAACACACCUCCCAUCUAUGUUAAGGCAAAUAGUUACCGUGAAUGACAGAACCCAUUUUCUGAUCAGGUGAUCCAAGUGUAAACAAUCACCUGUUGUGAUAGCAGUCCAUAACUAUUUUUUUAUGGAACCUCUUGUUUGGUUUUUGUAAAUCCGAUGAUAAUUGUGUUUUAAAUUUACUGCUGGGGUUGUAGUAGUUGUUGUUGGUGUAGUUGAGUGAAUUAUAUUGAGAGGUGUUUCUAAUAUUCCACCUGCCUCAUGUUUAUUUAUGAUGUAAACAAAUCAGGGAGCAUCUCUACGUCAAUAAUAAAUAAAUAUGUAAUAAUCACGGGUAGAAUCAUGACAUUUAAAUUGGAACAUUUGGAAGCUUCCAGGUAGUGGAUAUCAUGUUAGAGCUGUUGUAUUGAGUUGCUUUUAAUUGCCCUGGUGUCCAUUAUGUUUUGGCUUGUCAGCGUAGAUGUAUAAUUGGAACAGAAAAAGACCAGAGAAGUCAUGUCAUGUAAGCUUUAUUAGUCUGUAUCGAAAUGCUGCAACAAUCUUACAAACCUCUGCAGUUGUUUUAGUCGACACAACGCUGAGGUUUUACAGUCUGUGGCUGAAGCAUAACCCAUUAACAUCAAACGAAUCUAGCUUCACAACUCGUUUGUCUGCAGUCGAGCUUGAGCAUGCACAGAAGAUGAAGAGAUUCUAUUCUGUGAUGGGAUCUUCACCUAUGAGGACAUGAGUCUGUACAGUGUUGUUGAGAUGAUUGGCUUCACGAAGUUGGUCCACACACUGGAACUAAACAAAGUCAUUCCAACACAAAGAUACGUGACAGGAGUUGUCACUCUAAAGCAACUGUACACAUGCAUACAAAUGAAGCAGAGAAAGUGGUGCUGAUGUGUGAUGUCAGACCACCAGAAUAACAAUCCCCCCUGAAGCUAUCACUUCCCAUUUCAUUUCUAAUGAAUGAGAGUCAGUGCUUGAUGUUCUGCAAACUAGAGCUUCAUGUUGGCAAAGAUAGACAGCUCAUCAGGUCUGUAGGCCUGUAUGUCUGAAGUUAUCAAACCCCAAAAAAACAUGUAGUAGUACAAAUGUGCAAAUCUGACAUUAGAUGCUGCAAAAGUAUUCUCAAACAUUACCGUGGAUAGGUGCAGAGUCAAAAUCACAUAUUCAUGCUGUUGGUUUAAUCACAGUCAGUUUGGGAAGAUGUGUUUUUGCAUAAUUUGGGAGACCUUGCGUACUCUUCCUAUUCCCACCGUGGUUUAAAAGUUGGUACUUGCAGAAAACUGGCGAUGGUGACAUAGAAAGACUGGUGUUGGCACUGAGUCAUUAUAACCUUCUGGAUUUAAAUAAACAAAUCACUUGAUUAUAUUUCACACAGAACACUUUCAAAGAUAUUUUGUCAUGGUGAGACUUUGUCUGAUCGUAAUUUAACUAGAUAUUUCCCUCUAUAUUUAGAUCAUAUUGCCAUGAAGAUUCCUCUGUCAUUGCAUUGCAGUGCAUGUUUCUAGAUUUAUUUCACUCUUUUGUGAGGACAGUUAUUUUAGGACUGAAAAAUAAUUCAAGUUAAUGUGGCUUUAGUGCUUGAAGGUGUUUCCUCAUAAUCACAAUAAUGUAAAUACACAGAGACAAAGCAGUGAAGAGAAAAGGGAACUUUGAUGAUAGUUUGGGCUUAAUUUGCAAAAUAAAUCUUGUUUACACCUCAUGAUUUUCAGUGACUUCAGCUAUAACAUGGAAAAAUAAGAAAGUUCAUGUGACACAAAAUAAAGCACAUCAUACUUCAACAUUAAUAUAGUAUAAUAUCAUAUACUAUAAUACCGCAGAAUAUAAGGCUUAGACUUAACAGCCAAAUAAUUUUCAAAUAUUUUACAUUUUAUUUAUGAUUUCGUCUUUGUGCUCACCCCGUCUCUCCUGGUCCUGCUUUCAGGCCCAAAUUUUCCCGGAGUGAAUUGCAGAUUAGAAAUGUCAAUAUUUGUCAUCAGUCAUGUUAAUUUGAUUCUGGUAAGGCCGAAAUCUUUGUUGUGAUAGAAAUUCAUUUAACGGUGCAGCCUGAGCAGAUGACGCUCUCAAGUAAUGAUGCUCAAAAAUGAUGGUGCUAAUGAUGCUGUAGCCUGUUAGCAUAAGCUCUUACCUUUUGUUAGUACGUUUUCAUGCACAGUUAAGACGAGCUACAGUUAAAGCUUAUAUAGGUGAUUUAACUGGACUACUGUCCUUGACCCAGUUUACAUGCACUGGGCAAAAAUGGAAUUAUUGACCGAAGCUGCCUCAACUACGAUUGGCUUGUUACUAUCAGGUCGUCUCCAUGUUGAUGCAUUACCUAUCAAAACGGUCGGCAAUAUGUUUUAGCAGGAGGCUAACAGGAGUUAAGGUAAACGAUGAAGACACUGUCAAAAGCCAUUGUGUGAACUUUGGGGCAUGUGCAGGACAAAUCCUUUUAUUAUUGUUUUGAUUUCUUCAAUAAUAUGUGUUUUUUUUUUAAUUGCUCACUGACAGGCUGUAACCAAGAUGUGAGGGCACUAGAUAUUGAUCAAAUUAACGAUCUAACAAACCACAUUUUACUUUGAGGCAGGAGAAAGAGAGAACAGGACGGAUGGAGGGACAUAGUGUGUGUGAAUAUGGACAGAGAUGUGACAUGACAACAGGACGUUUGAUCAUGGAGUCUGGUCUUGUUCUGUGUAACUGUGGGGUCUGAACAGUGACAGAGAGCUGCCUCACAUGAAGGACCCCUCCUUACAACUGUAUGUAGGGGUGCAUACAUAUGCAAGACACUCGCAGCAGAAAUCUUUUCACUGAAUUAGCACACAGAGAAAUUAGAAACAUGUUGCGCCACAACAACUAUUUGCAGUCACAUAAUUGCACCCAAAUCUAUUUUGAGGUUGUCCAAGUUAAAUUUGAGCAUAUUUGACCAAAAUUGUUUCACUUCUGAGUCCUGAAUCCAAAAGAUUUCUGCCAAGAAACUCUGGAGCUUCUGCACAGAGGCACAUGAGGUGAUAGAUAACGAUCAGUUUGAACCACUGAAGCCUAAACUUACAGACAAGUUCUGCACCACACGUGUAUUUCUUUUUAGUUCUUAAUGUCAUGAAGGUGUGUUAGGGCUGCUGAGCAUGUACCUGUACCUCUAUGCUUGUGUUGACAUACACACAAACUGGCAGACACGAGUCAUUUGGUGCUUCAAUUUCUGUUCAUGAAACCAUAACAAACGUAGGCCUGCAAGUGGCGUGUAGAUGUACCUCUACUGUUGGAAAUGAUCUCAUUUACAGGCUACUUGUGUGACAGUGUCAUGUGUGUAACUUACUCAUUGCUGGACAGACAGUAGUGGUGAUAGAUUGAUGAUGCGAUCUUUAAGCGGUGUUCCUGUGAGCUUUUUAAGCUCCUCUACAUGUGAUUGUUGCUGCCGUACAGUGACAGACAGACAGACAGACAGACUGAAAGACAGGGCAUGUUUGUUGACGGUGGUCACAGAGCGGUCGACUCACGGUUUGGGGAUCUUCAUUCACUCGUGAAUAUCAGAAGAAAAGGACUCUGCUUUUUUCCAUCUUAGUGGAGAUCAUGAAUAUGGAAAUGAUCAUCAGAUGUUUUAUGGCACAGGUUUUCUAACUAUCCAAUGACAAAUGCUACUACCACGUCAAAGACAGUCCAGCAGCUCCCUGAGCAGGUCCAUGGAGAUGGAUAAUACCCUUCAGUGUAGUCCCCCAGAAGAGGACCUGCUUAUUUGGAUUACAGAGCUUCAUUGUAUAGAUAUCUUUACUUCAUUUGUGCUGUUGUGUUGUCAAACUAAAAAAUACAACUCCAUCACAACCCUUGUUUGUAGCUGUGUAUUUGAGGGUCUUUAGUGGCUUAUCUAUUGAGAGUGUCUGUGCUGCACCUGGAAGUUGUAAUAGUGAAAGUUCACCUCUUGAUGACGAGCACUGGCUGGUGAAAGUCAAAGUAGGAGUUUUGGUACUUUCAGGCAGACACUCUGCUGGAGGCAGUUGGUGACAUUUAGCUGCUGUCAUGAUGAAUGUUAAGUUCAGUUUUCAGUCUCUACAUAAACUUUAUAGCUGAUGAUGACCUUUCAAUAAGGAACGUCCAUUUUCUCAUAAGUCUGUGUGACAUUAUGAACUCACAGAAGCCGGUGUAGCUCUGGUUCUGAUUGGUGCACAGUUUGUUAAUGAUGAUGUUCAUACUUUAGGUUGUAGCUUGGAUAAACUCACAGAAAUACAGAAAUGAUUUUUUUCUUUAAAUCCUAAAAAACAAAGAAAAUAUGGUUUAUGUCCACCUGCAGGACAGUGCCACAUUUUCAGUUUAUUUUCAUGUUUCAGCACACCAAAACAAAAAUACUCAUUUGAUAUUAAAGACACAAAAUAUGUCUGUUUUUUCAUCUAGUGAAUGCAUUGUUUAGCAUGAAUAGUUUUUAAUGUGUCCUGGGUUUUUGAGUAUCCAUGAAAAUGCUGUUUUUAUUUAGAAAUAUUGCCAUGCAGAAAAUGUGCCUAGGCCCAUAAAGAAAUACUGAAUUAACAUGCUGCCAUGUGAAGCUGACUUUGUUCAGGUUUUCAGUGGUCAUGUAUCGCCACUGAAAUAAUUCUAAUUAACAACACCAACCGCCAAAACAGCCCUCUAGGGUUUGUUUAUAGAGGAACAGUUGCUUUCCUUGCUUCGUCAUCAUUUUGAUUCCCUCGUCAGUGUUUGUGACAUUUAGAAACCUUCUUCAAUGCAGAUAAUGUGCAUGACGUUCUCUGUGCGAGUGCUCAUGUGAUAGUUUGGUAGAGAGAGUCCGCCCAGCAGCGCCUUUGUAAGACCCAGUUAAAGAUCAAGUGAAGGCACCUUUGUUGUGCCAGCAGUAAGGUGAGCCAGAUGGAUGACACUCGACGGCACGUACUAACUGUUUAUGUACAGAAGCACCCCCCCCCCCCUCCUCUUUUUCCUCUUUUUCCUGUUUUCUCCUCUGUCCUGUUGAGUGUUAUUUUUUCGGAAAGAAAAGGAUGAGCAGGAGGAAGAGGGCAGGCAGGAUGGCAGGCGUUAGGUAACAGGCCUAAUGUACUGUGUAACAAUUUCACUCACUCCCUCAAUCGCACACACACAGUCUCGCAAAUCUCUCUAACAUACAGCACCCCCUCGCUCCUCUCACACUUACACACACACAGGCACGCACACACACUCUCAAAUGUGACGUCAUCUGGGUGAAUAAUAUGACAAAGGUUGUGUUUCUGCUUGAGUUGUGUCGCAGCCCUCUGGUCGUCUCCUCUUGUGUUGUUAGUUGUGUGACUCUGCAGCGAGUCUGCUUUGGAAGGACAGUAACAGAGUCUAGACGAUGUCUACGUGUGUGUGUUUGUUGUAAGACACGACAGCCUGCUUCAUCAGUGUGAUUGUGUCUCUUUCAAAUAUCAGCACUUUGUGUUGUGUGUGUUUGUACACUCUCUCACACACACACACACACACACACACACACACACACAUUGCUUUGCAGGAUGCACAGUUGCAGGAAAAAAAAAAAUCACAACACUGCCAUCAUCACCCGCUGCGCUGCUUGUUGUCAGUGGCGACUUUGUGUUGCCAGGGCUGGUCAGAGAAUGGUCACUCCAUUAAAGUCCUGCUGGUUUCCAUAGCGAUGAUGGUGGUUACAGCCUCUGACUACCAUUUCUGAAUGGAGCUUACUUUCCAUCGGCUGUAGAUGCAUUACUAUAUGUUGUUUACCAGAGCUGUAGACCCAGUCCAGCUGAAUUUCUCAAGUACUCUUAGAUCUCCCACCUCAGGCUGAGUGUUUGCCUCCUGCUUGCUGUUGAAUGGCCUCCUUGAUGAGGGUGGAUCGUGUCGAACUUCCUCAAAUCCACCUUUUGAUAGAACUCAUUUCCAAAAAGCUCGAGCGCUACAGCUGUCAUCAACAGCAAAUAUUUGACAUUUCAUUCUAACAUUGAAAUAAUUUUGAUUGUCUGAACCCUCAGACUGAGGGUCAGUGGUAUAUGUUAAAGCUGUAGUGUAUAUGAGGCACUUGUCAAUGAUAACUGUGUUACCCCACAGAGGAUCCCACUCAGUAUCCCCCCUCUGUUGAGAAACCGUUUGGACAACUGUCUGAAGAACCACAACAAUACAGGGUCAGCUCUGUCAUGUAAUUUAGCUCAUUGUCUGUGGACGGUUUCCCACCAAAGGGGCUGAGCUCAUCUAAGACUUACUAUUGACAAGUCUCCUGAUACAGUUCUUCAUCAGAUAGCACCACUUUCACAUGAGCGGGGCAAAAUCAGAUAAAGGGUGGGACUGUGUGUGUUUAGUCAACUAACUGAUCCAGUCAACUCACAAAUCUAACUCAAGUGAAUCCACUGCACUUAGACACUGAACAGGCGAUCUAUGUCAUAUAUAUGCUAUAUGUCAUAAAUUUUCCUAUGAGUCCUCAGUGUUUAGUGAUAAGCAGGUUUUCACUUUCAGCCCCGCAGAGACUUUCUUUAUCCUUUAGUGAGAGCAGUGCCACACUGUACGCACUGGUUCCCUGUUAGUUAGCACCAAUCAGAAAUGACCAGUAUGAUAGGAAUGUGGAUGGUGCAGGAGUCAUCCUGGAGGGGGUUGUUAGUGUGUCAUUUGGGACUGCACUUCAGGAAUUUGGAUUUUUGAUUCCUGCUCUGUUGUUGUCUCUGACAAAUAUUCUGUUCAGCAAACAUUUUAUUUACAUUUGUUGUGGUUCCAAGAUGAAUUUGUUUUUCUGUUAUCUACUAGUAGAAUCAUCCUGUUGGCAUGAGCACACUAGUCAAAAUAAGUUUCCAAAUAUUGGUUGUAUUUGUCCUUUAAUCUUCAGUAUGAUUGCGGGAAAAACUGUCAACAGCAGAUGCAUGUGUGAUACCCAGUUUCCACACCGUAACAUGUCCCUAGUCUUGUGCUUCGGGCCCACCACACUAAACAGUCAUUUCCACACAUCAAACCGGUGCACAACACACGAGUGGAACAUCUCUGAAAGACGCGCUGACUCAUCCUGCCUUUUCGCUUUCAUCUGUGUUUGUGCACGCGCAUAAAACAGCCACACUGUUGACCUGCUGUGACAUUAUCUGACGUGUAUGACGCUGUGAGAUGUCCUUAUGACUUCAUACAAACACUAACACUAAAGCCACGAUGGAUGCCUCAUACCAAGCAGCCCCUGUUAGCUGUUAUGAAGACCAGGGUUGCAGAUAGUCAUGAUUCCAUGUGUUGGUGCACACUGGUGCAAGUUGCCUCUCUUACAUGCUGAUAUGGGUUAAUCUGGGCAUUAUCCCCCCCUCCCUCUCUCCCGCCCCCACUGAGUGUCAUAAUCUGUGUCACCUGUUGAUGAAGGUUUACCUCGUACGUAAUAUCAUGACUUCACUCUGUACCUGUGUUGGUGCACUUAUACGACUUGGUGCAUGUGUGAACAUGCUCAAACUUCCCACUCUAGACAUUACACCAUAGACCCAGUUCUCUAUUUAGGAUUAGCCUCAUUAUGGUUUAGUCAUGGUUGGGUGUUUUCAGAGUGACUAUCUUAAGUCUGCCCAGCAGAGUGAUCAUUAUAAGAUCAUCUCUGUUAUAUCAGACUACCUCAUAGCUUUUAAACUAUGUUUGAAUUUGAGGCUCCAUAAAAGUAAAAACUGUGGUUGUAGCUCUUUUUACAUGGACAACCCCCAUCCUAGAAUUUGGCUGUUAUGUUAAAUGUUCAUUAAAAAACUGAUUUGAAUGGUUUGCAAUUGCAUCAAGCCUUAUUUUUUAUGUAAAAUAAUGCAAAAACAACAUUAAAAUGCAUUAACAUUUUAAAGAAGUCAGGUCUGGCAUGUUGAUGUUUGUCAUUGUCUUUCUGAAAUAUGAAGGUCUUCCCUGAAAAAGUCUUUAUCUGGAUGUCAGCAGAUGUUGCCCCUAAACCUGUAGAUAUUGUUCAGCAUUAAUGGAGCCUUCAUAGAGUUGAUUUCCUCUUUGCUGAAAUUGUUCAAUCUAUUGGCUCACACAGUCUCUCACAGAGCGGUGAACCUCUUCCUGUCUUUCCUCGUUGUGAAUGCCCUUCUCAUACCCAGUCGUGCCCCUUCAUUAAUUAGGAGACUCAACAAUCUGAAAUAUGUUUCUGAAAAGAAACUUGGAUUUCCUCAAAACAACAAUUUUUUUUUUAGAUGAAACUCUGACCUGACCUGACACUGUUGAGUCAAAUACACAGUUUCGUUGGUUUUCACACUAUCAGGUUCAUUUUUUCAGGGAUUUUACACAGUGUCCUAAUUCUUUUAGAAUUGGGGUUAUACCACUUCAAGUAUUAUGUAAUCAGGAAGUACAGUGAUACAUAAUAAACUCUCCUGAAAUCUGACCAUGAUACAUUCUGAGAGAAAUUCCUGUCAGUGUUUUGAUUGUUCAGACUGCACAGAAGAGAUAGUGGACAACAUUUUCCCUCCAACUGCUGAUUCACAUACUUUGACUUUGGCAACCAACUGCCUCCUAUAUACCACUCAAAAUAGUCAUAAUGAAAUGAUGUUUAUUACACACUUGGUGUUUCAACCAGAUAGCAAAGGUCAUCUGGGAAUGACACUUGAGGCCCCUGAGUGGGGCCACUCACCCUGUCACCAAUCUGAUCCUAUUCUGUUGAGUUUACUGAUGUGUGUUUCUUUCUCAGAUGCUGGUAGGGAUUUGGUGUAAGAGCUUGUUGGUAUCAGAAUCAGAGUGUAAACUUUGCUCGUUGGCAGCAUGUGGUCUGGGGGAAAGAUGGCUCAUGAAUGGAUGAAGCUUUGGCUCCGGUCUGUGUCCGUGUAGUGACAUGUACUGUAAAGGCUGCUCUACUGGACAGCAGCUGCUCCUGCAUGGUGCUGCGUUGAGGUCACUGUCUUGUGAUCGGAGGGGCUAUGUGAUACUUUAUCUCAUUGCAGCCGGCCUCUCAGCUGUGUGUGUGUGUGUGUGUGUGCGUGUGUGUGUGUGUGUGAACCCAGAUCUUUGGAUGGAAAAUUCCAGAGUCAUGGUAGCUAGUGCAAAGUAGACUGAACACCCUGAGGCUGCUAAGGUACACACUCUCAGUCACAAAACAUUUACUGUACCUUGGCUGGAGCUAAAGCUGGAAACCCAACCUCUGCAGUCCAGCUUACCAACCAGAAUCCUCCCUUCUGUAGCCGGGGCUCUGCUUGAUUGAAUGACAAGGCUGCCUGUUCUUACAACGGAUGCAAAGCAGAAAUGCACCAGCUGCAUAUACAAGUUCCAGUUUUUCAAAGCUCAACCUGCUUAUUCUUAUUUUGGCUUAUUCAAAUUUUUAGAGAACCAUCGUUUACAGAAAUCCCCCCAGAUAGUUUGUAUUACAACUUUUUUUCGUCAUACGCUGAAUCAAACUUGUGACUAGCCCUUUAUUCUAAUUAUACCUGCAUGUAUUUCACUGUUAUUAGAGUUGACAAACUAACCAACAAAUAAGUGAAGUUCAUGGCUUUUUCAUUUGGCCUGUCUGUCUCUGUUUUUAUGAAUAUGCAUUAAUCUAUGACAUUUUUCCUGCAAAGAGAUUAGACUCAUAGCUGCUCAGAUUUUUAAUCAGUCUAACAUCCUUCACCAUUAUCAAAGAAAAUACAGAGAAUCGGGAUACAAUUUGCAGAACAAAAACUGAUGAUGUGAUUUUAAAGUCUCUUUAUCACCCUGUGAAGUCAGUCACUGUAGUGUAGAGUCUGUGUUCACAGGGACACAGACACACACACACUCCGAAUGACAGCUGUCUGAUCUGAGUGAGUCGUCCACAGGCUCAGAGUGUUCUGGUGGGUCUGUGCAUUAAUUCAUAUUUUCAUGCUGACAGGAAACGGCUGUUAUUUAGCCUCCAGUUGAUGCUUCCUCACCCCAGAUGCUCCUCACCUCACGUCCACAUUCCUGAUAUGCUAGUUUGUGUGUGUAGCUCUGAGGUUAAUGUCUGAAACGCUGUGCACAUGGCAUGAAACUUGCAGUCUGUUUUUGUCUGAAAUCAGCGCAGAAUUUAAUGUAUUCGAGAGGACCGGCUGAUCAGCGGUUACAGGGCUGAAAAUCAGCUGAUUAUGGUCACCAGCUGAUCAAUCGGUGCACCUUUGAGAGAAGUCUGAAGCAAUGUCGGCACCAGCCCUUAAGGAAUGAUGUGUCAGACAAUUGUGGGUAAAAUAACAGGAGUUGGAGUUCUCCUGUAGUUCAGUCAAAAGGUCCAACCUCAGUGUCGAAGUGUGCAUAAAGAUGUCAAACAGACUGCUUUACGUGAACUCCAUCAUCGUGCACAUGGUUAAUCACACCUCAAAACGAGACGAUUCAUUAGCUUGAAACAAACUCAUUUAUCUCCUCAUGCUGCUGCAGUGCCGGGUCCUGUUAUACUUUAGAUCCACCCACCCUUAAAAACAUGUAUGCUGAACAGCAGGAGACUGUCUUUAUUUAUUGUGUAUGUUCUUAACUAGAUACUGGAAACAUGAACACUCCGGGUAGAGAUGCACUGACUGUGAAAAUGAGGGCUCAUGAAUCAGGACUCAGGGAUCAAAGCUUUCUAUUUUGUAGGUAUUGAUGAACAGUUUCAGGUUGUCUCCUGUGUGUUUUACAUCUUGACGCAAUUGAACAAUCAAUUGAUGUCACAUUAAGGCACAAACCGUCAUAAUUAUAGUGCACUUACCCCAUUUCCAGGACACAGCGCCCAUAUAAUGAGUAGGUUGUGUGUGUUGUGUGUGUCAGCACAGGCUUAAAUUUGGGAGUAUGUAUGUGUUUGUGUAUGUUUGUGUUCAGAUGUCCUGUUGUUACCCUCCAGAAGAUGCGGUGGGGAGUGAUUACAUCAACAAAACGGGAAAACUGCCAAUGCCAGGAAUAGAUUUCUGGAGCUUAAAAUACCUCAUAGUCUCAGUUUUCCAAACAGACCCAUACAUACUCACAUCAUGGCAAGAAUUUGAUGCUUCAUUAUGAGGAAUUAAGGGACAUGCUGAUGCCCAGAUUCUCAACAUGCAUCUGUUAGGAGGUUUUAGAUGAGUACCUACAUCUAUUUGCUUCUCCACAGAUCCUCCACAGAGGCAUCAAACACUAAACUUUCAUUCAUACAUACAUAAAUAUUCAGAACGCCAGCUUUGGUAAUCAGAUGACCAGUCGCAUAAACUGACAUCUGUUUUUUUUUUUUUUUUUCAAAUGCGGCCAUUAAUAGAAAAACUCAACCAUGCAAAUUUCCCACUUGUCCCUGUAAAGGAAGCUGCAUACAGGCCUACAGUGAUCUGGACUAAUGCCGCUGUAAGAUGUGGUUCCCUGUUCUCCUCUUCACUCUCCCUCACUUCCCCUUCCUGUCUGCAACAGGAAGUUGGGCUUCAGAUGGUCUCACCUUCCUUGUUUCUGUCACCAGGGAAAAGCGAGCUCAGGGUGGCACUCAGCACUUAGUUAGGUUUUACAGAUCAGGUGCUGUGUGUGUGUGUGUGUGUGUGUGUGUGUGUGUGUGUGUGUGUGUGUGUGUGUGUGUGUGUGUGUGUGUGAAUGCAGGACACACGCUCUACAUUUUUUCACACCCAGCUUUAACUCCCUCAUCUAUUUUUGGGAGAUGCAGUGUUUUGGGGCAGCCCCAUUAGCUGUGCUUGAUUAAGUCAUUAAAGUGGUCGACCCGUUCCUAAGUGGCAAAGCAAAGCUGCUGUCACACAUCAUCACCGUCCACACGGCCGGAGCCAUUGUGGAGGAGCCAGCAGUUACAUAAGAGCAGUGCUGGCAGUAGAAGGUCAGGGUUUGGGUCAGUUUUCCUGACAUGCUGGAAUCCAGAGGAAACACAGAGUUUGACAACACACAGUUUGGAUUCGGAUCACAGGAAGAAGUGCCAGCAUCCGCACGUCAUAUUGUGUUUUUUAUUUCAACUCAGCCAGACACACACGAACUGAUAUGCACUUUGAGUGUGUACUAGGUUUUGCACCAUGUUGGGCCUACAGAUUACACACCUUUAUUAUAGACAGAGGACAGAGCUAACAGGUACAACACCUGCACAGCAUCCAGAUAAUAAUACAUGAUCUGUAAGGGCAAAACAAACCCACAAUCCACCUGUAUCAAUAAGUGCACAGCAGUUUGACACUUCCUUAAUGAGAUGAACUGAGGAAGUUUGUAACGCUCCGUAAAGAUGACAGAAUUUCUUAUUUACUUUAGUAGAUGCAUAUCACUUCCAAGUACUGAUUAUCAGUCUCAUGAACUUCUACUGAUCAGUGUCUGUAUCAGCCCUGAAAAACUGAUAUUGGUCCAUGUGUUACCAGGUUUUUACAACAAAGCAGAUCCUGGCAGAUGAGUGAAAACUUAAUGACUGCAAAACUCUUGAUGACUGAGGUCAAUCCUGAAAGAUUUCUGCUGCUGUUAGAAAUCAAAAAACAGAAAUCGACUGCAUAGUCGACUAAUCUAUCGCCUAAUUUAUCGAUUAUUCUAAUGUUAAUUUUUUAAUAACCGAUUAUUAUAACAAUGAAUUUAACCAAAACAAAAAUUAAAAGCUUGCCCUAUUAGUAUAGCCUGGCUGGGCCAUCCUGUUGCGUGAAUCACUUGCCGUUCCUUCCCACAACAGUCUGGACUUUGGCCCAUUGGGAGCGUGUAUUAGCCAUCUGUUAAUUCUGCAGUUGACUUUGCAAAGUCGGCAGACAUCGUUUAUAUCCACAACGUCGUGCAAAGUCAGCUGCAGAAUUAAUGGCGUCCUGAAUGAAUGGCGCUUUGAAAAGUCCCGCCACAUGUGUUAGAUGUCACCAUCUAUACAUGGACCAAUCAGGGGCUGCCUUUCCCUGUUGUGUGGGGAACAGUGGAAACACAGUCACUGAUUGGCCCGGUUAUUUUCUGAUCGCUAAUACACGCUCUCAAUGGGCUAAAGUCCAGACUGUUGUGGGAAGGAACGGCAAGUGAUUCACGCAACAGGAUGGCCCAGCCGGGCUACUAUUAGUAUUUAAUUCAAUGACUCAUUCAAGAUUCUCUUCGAAUCAAACAAAACCAAAAACAGUGCAUUGUUAUCAAUGCUUUUUUUACAUUCACAAAGCAUUUAACAUUGCUUUUUAGCUUAUCUAAAGUCAACUGUAAGUCAACACUCAACCAGAACCCAUACUGUGAACUGCAGUAUACGAUUUUCGGAUAAUUAGCCUGUGAGUGCACCAGCCUGAUAGGUUAUUGUUGCUUAGCAGCCUCCCUUAACAGGUGCAUGCUCACCUUACUCAUAGUUACAAUGACUGUCAAGUAACAAUAAGUAACAUUCAUACCGUCUUUCAUUUAAUAGAGAGAAAGUCAGUGCCACACAACACUUGUGAGACAAAAUAUUUGCAAAGCAAAUAAUUUGUAACAUAAAAUCUAUUACAAUAUUGCAUAAUUGAAAAGCAUGGCUGGGAAUUAUAGGGCCUGAAAUUAUUUCCUUCAUCAUUUUAUAUAUUUAUUAUUUAUUAGUUUUCCCUUUAAUUUUCAAGAAACCCUGGAUAUGUUGUAUGACAGCCAAUAUGCUUUGUUGUACAAUGUGUUAUGUAACAAAGAUAAAAAUGAUAAUAAUGAAAAUAAUAAAAAUAAUAGGGCUUGAAAAGACACACUAUGUCGCAAUGCAUUGUGGGCUGCGGUCAGCAUAAUGCUGGCAUUAGUGUUUGUUUACAUUUGCUGAGUAAGAUACGGCGCUAGAUAAUGGAGUUUCCCCUUCAUGCAGAUUGUAACGCACCGCCACGGUUAAAUAAAAGCCACCACACUUUAAAAAUGAGUUUUUUUUCUCACGUGGCUCUAUCUCAGACUCGUGUGUGAGUAAACAUAUGUGCGGCGAGGCUCACGUGUGCCAAGUUUUAGCAUUAGCGAGCUUUCGUCGGCGAUCACACAGCUGAUUUAUUCGCAAGUUAUUGGACAAAUAAAAGCACAAAACUGAUGCUUCAGCUCCGAGCUAACUGCUUUAAGUGAAUGAAUUAGAUAUGGGAUGCGGGGCGUAUGAUGCAGCGUCCACUGUGGCGUUUGCUGCACCAGCGGUGUGUUGUAUGAUUGACAGGUCACUGCAUGUCUCCUUAAAUGAAAGCAGCACAAUCUUAGAAAUGUGAACGAGGAAGCCAGGACGAACACAUGCAUUGAUUGAGAGGAGCUGCUCAAAGAUCAUGCUAAAGUAGGUUUUAAAUUGACCCCAUUAUGUGGAGCUCGUUUGCCAUCCAUGCUUCCACCGUUACCUGAAGUAGCCAUUGUCUACGUCAUUACGCAAUGUGUCGAUGCAUGUUUUUGGGCUGACAAAUUUUUGUAGUCGAAUAUGUUUAUUACGUUGAUGUAUCGCCCCAGCCCUACAAAUCACUAAAAUUUGGUUCCAAUAUGGGAUCAGUUCUUGGUACCUAAGCUGACAUGGAGUGUUCCUGCAGCAGCAUGACAAACCUUUGUGUUUACAUGAUGAGACUCUGUCCCCGUUCGUUGCAACAACAAACUCAACAAAGACUCUGUCAUCACAGAAAUGUCUGAGGAGCGCUGUGAUUUGCCCUGGAACUGUUGUGUGUAAUUUGAUUUGUCAGCUCAGUAACAUCGAUGUGAAUAUAAUGCCUGUGUUUAAACAACAAAGAGCAGGUAAAUAUGUUUAUGUUGGGCUGAAGGCUUCAAUUUUCUUCUCUCUGUCAUUUUCUCUCUUUUUCUGUCAUCUACACUCAUUCCUCUCCUCCUUCCUUGAUCUUUCUCCUGUCUCAUUCAUCCUCAUCUCUCCCUCCAUGCCUUUUUCUCUCCCUGUCUCCAGGUGGCUAUAAAAAUAGUGGAUAAGACUCAGCUGGACGAUGAGAACCUGAAAAAGAUCUUCAGAGAAGUGCAAAUCAUGAAGUUGCUGAAGCACCCCCACAUCAUCCGCCUCUUCCAGGUAUGCACUCGCACUUACCCGCAGAGCUCACAACAUGACAUGCAGGCUCCCUGCACCUGAGCCCCAUGACCAAAAGGAGUGUUUUGGUUUGGCAGUACACCAUGUUUUUAGGGAGCUGUACUGAGACUGAAAAGAUAGCGAGGAUUUCAUUGGUAGAAGUUUUAAAAUAACAGUUUCCAACCUGAUUUCCUCCUCCGUGAUUAAACAGCUGCAAAGAAACAGGAACACCAAACAAACCAGAAACAAGCAAACUUUCAGAAUGUUCCUGCUCAUGAACAAAUCACUGCCUUGCUCUUUCAGUCAUCAGGGUUUUUCCUGGCUCAAAUUGAGGCAGAGGUGGCACCAUCCUGACCAUGCGCCAUGACGUGCAUGUAUUUGUAAAUUCAACUGUCUCACUUUCUUUUACAGGCAACAUACUUUAAGUUAAGAGUUCAAAAAAGAGUGUGACCAUUAUCAUGUUAAAGCAUUAAUUUAUUAAAGCUAUAUACAUACACAAAUCAGCUGGCAACUUUAAAUUGAAAGUACACUUCAUCCACACAUCUCGCAACCAGACAGAACAUUUCAGCCUCCUCUUUUUCAUUCUGUAGAACCUCCUCAUGCACUCCUUGUAGUCCAAGGCCUCCUGGUCUGGUCCAUGAACGGCCACCUUACAACAGACAUCCAAGUGCCUCUCCUUCAGUCUGUUCCACAGAGGUGUCUUCACCUUAAACAAAACAAUUCAUCAUGCAUUAAGUAUUUUUGUUUUUAUUCUGAUACAGACAUGAAGAGUGAUAGUGUUUUCAAUCAUAUAUUGUAUGUAUACGCUGCAGUGUCCUCUCUAAAAAAAAACGACAACCAAUUAUUUCUUAAACUAUCUAAACUAUGUUAUUUUAGUUUUUCUUAACUUUAUUAGUUGAGUGUUUUUAGGUACUACCAUCUUUAAUAUACUUCUCCUUCUCUUCGGCUGCUUUGUGAACGGCUGUCACCUCAUGUCUUUUUAAUGUGUCCAGCCUGUAGUUGGUUGAUGGCUGUCUCACUAAGGAGGCAGCAACUGCCUGCUGUGUUGGGGCACAGUGCUUUUGGCAUAAACAGCAGUGCAUGCCUUCCUCAGUAUGCCUGAGCCAGGUAAAUUGAUUGAGCCACUGCUUGUCAAAGCCACUGGCUCUGUGUUUUUGAGAAGAUCUGGAAAGAGGAAUAAAAACCAGGUACACGUUGGCUUUGCGUUGUUAUGCUCCUAAUUGGAAACUUAUUAAUUAAUUACCCUCGCCUCGCCGACUCGUCCUGUCCUGCAUUCUGACCCUCGCGAUCACCAGUCCCUUGUGAAGUACUUUCAGACAUGACACAAAUUUCCACAUUGUCACCAGACUCACCACCAUGAAUUAUAGCAUUUUAACUGCCUGUUCCUUUUUUUUUUCUCUGCUGUGUUUCACCUGGAUUCUUGACUUUCCUCCUCGCGAGGUCGCUUUUUAAAGUACUGGCUGAUUUUGCCUGUCAUAUCUGCAAUGCUAAAAAACGGAGGAAACUUUUUUUUUUUAUAAAUAAACACGUCAUGCUUGGAUGCAAAAAAGACAAGCAGUAUUUACCUGUUUGUACCAUCCGCCAGGGAAAUCAGGACGCCGAUAGCACCAACUAGCGGGAAAAAAUCUCGAAAAAACAUGAUUCGAUCCGUUUCUUCUUCGGUAGAGGCUUCAGGUCUUUCCGGUGCACUGCUGUUGAUAUAGCGCCUCUAUAGUGGCGCAACGCUGCAACUGCAGUUGAAAUACGUUGCUGCUGCAGAGGGACAUCAUACGCUCAAUCAACACAGCUGGAGCUUUACGCUGUGUUGAGCGAAAUCAAUCGCUCUGGCCGGGGGCGGCACAAAAUUAGGUGGAGGCGGCCGCGAUGUUUCGAUUUUGAAUUUUGAACGCAGGAAAAACCCUGGUCAUGUAAGCCCCUAAAUGUUGGCCUGUUAAAGGUUCUCAUGAUCUGUUUUUGUUUGCAGGUGAUGGAGACAGAGAGGAUGAUCUACCUGGUAACAGAGUAUGCCAGCGGUGGAGAGAUAUUCGGUAAGAAGUAGAACAUAACCCUGAUGGUCUUCUCUAUUUCCUCUCUCUCUGCUUUACAGUUGUUGUUGGUUGUUGUGUUUUCCCUUCUCUGGAUUGUGGCCUAACAAGAUUUCAAAAAAGCUGUAUUUCGACUGAACACCUUUUUGGUCGGCUUUGUGGGUGAUUUUUGUCUGGUGCAAACUCCAUUGUGUUUUUAAUAUAUUUACGAUCUCAAGUCCAAAAAUAUUGGGACACUGUGAAAAAUGUUGAUGAAAACAGAAUUUGUUUUGGAUUUAACCAGGAUAAAAUCAUGUAACGAUGACAGUUAAAGUAAUAAAACUGAAAGGUGUAAUGUUAGAUGAAAAUCUACACCAAACUCAGAUUUUAUGCCAGAAAAAAAAUGUGCCAUGAACAUCUGCCAACUAAUGAGGCUGAUUUCCAACAGGUUAGUAACAUGAGCAGGUAUAAAAAGGACAUUCAGAGAGGCUGAGUAUCUCAGAAGGAAAAAUGGGAGAGGUUCACCACUCUGUGAGAGACUGUGUGAGCUAAUAGUUCAACAGUUUCAGAAUAAUGUUCCUGUGUCAAAUGUGAAAGAAUGUGUGGAUUUCAUCAUCUACAGAACAUAAUAUAGUUAAAAAAUUCAGAGAAUCUGGAGAAAUUUCUGUACUAAAGGGAGAAGGACCAAAACCAAGACUGGAUGGUCCUGAUCUUCAGACCCUCAGGCAGCAAUGCAUCAAAAACAGACAGAACUCUGGAGUGGAAAUUACUGCAUGGAUUCUAAAUCACUUCAUAAAACAUUGUCAGAACAUAGUAAAAUCACUGCAUCCACAGAUGAGGUUAAAACUGAACCAUGCAAAGAGAAAAACAGAUAGAGACAGGAUCCAGAAUCACCAGAGAACUCUCUUGACCUGAUCUCAUUUAAGAUGGAUUAAAGGGGAAGAGGAAACCUGGCCUGUGGUCUGAUGAAUCAGCAUUUGACAUUCUUUUUGGAAAUCAUUGAUGCUGCAUCCUCCUCUCUAAAGAGUGGAGGGAACCACUUAGCUUGUUAUCAAUAUCUACAAUAUCUUGUGAACAAUGUCUACAGGUUUAGGGGCAACAUCUGCUGACAUCCAGACAAAGACUUUAUCAGGAAAAACCUUCAUAUUUCAGCAAGACAAUGACAAACCACAUUCUGACAACAGGGAUUACAACAGCAUAGCUCUAUAGUAGAAGAGUCCUGCUGAUAAACUGGAAUGACUAAAGCUCUGACUUGUCCCCCUUUAGAAACAAAGGAGACCCUGACCUGUUGAGCAACUGAAAUCCUCUAUCAGUCAAAAACAGGACAACUUUCACUUUUAAAAACUCCAGAAACUGUUUGUCAUUAUCAGCAGUUCUCCACUUAAACAUAUAAAAAAAUGUUCAGUUAAAUUAAUGUUUGCGUUUUUUUGUGAUUGGUUUGUUUGCUCUACUUGUUCAUUCUUGUUUCAUUUUGUGUCACAUAUUUGUUUGCUUGAGUCAUGAGUGAAAUUCUGAGUCAUAUCCCGUCUCUUAUGUUCUGUAUAUCCAUUUUCCAGUAGAUUAAAAAUUCCAGUCUGCAUUUCAUCAUGAAUGAAUAAUAUUGUGAUGUGUUGGGCUAAAUGAGGACAUGAAAUAAGAACUUAAGUUUAUAUGUAUCAAAGAUAGAAAAAAAGACCUAUUUCAAAUGUCUGGCUUGUAUGUUGUAUCUAUGUGCAGACCACCUUGUGGCUCAUGGGCGUAUGGCAGAAAAGGAUGCCAGAAAGAAGUUCAAGCAGAUAGUUGCUGCGGUCCAUUUUUGUCACUGCCGCAGCAUCGUCCAUAGAGACCUGAAAGCCGAGAAUCUGCUGCUGGACCACAACCUCAACAUCAAAAUCGCAGGUGUGUGAUUAUGUGUGUGUUUGUUCUGAAGAAUGUGUCAGGGUGGGAAACUUAAUGUAGUGGUUUUGGGCUGUCUCGGUGAGUGGGCGAAGGCAUGUGCCAACAUGCGCUCUGGGAGCUCUUUGCCAGGCUGAUUGAAUUUGUCUCUCCGAGGAAAGUGAUGAGAUUAAAUAAAUGUCUCCUCCCUUCUUGUCAGACUUUGGCUUCAGUAACCUGUUUUCUCGAGGCCAGCUGUUGAAGACAUGGUGUGGCAGUCCCCCUUAUGCUGCACCAGAACUCUUUGAGGGCAAAGAGUACGACGGACCUAAAGUAGAUAUAUGGGUGAGUAGAUUUUCAGGUGUGUGUGCAGCCCAGUGGGGCUGCUGCUCUCACUUAAAGUGGAUUGAAAGUUCAAGACUAGGGGGAUGGCAGUAAAUGUCUUCAUAUUGAGCUAUUAGGGGACUUUUUGGUACGUUUGUUUCGGCAGAUGCAGAUCAAUCUGGGUAGAUGCAAAACCAAAGGCAGUUCAAACCAGGGCGUCACAGUCCUUUGUCCAGUGCAGAAGUCAGCUGCUGUGAUUUUAAACUUUGUCUGUUGAUAAUCCCAGAGUUGUAAAUCCUAUAGAUUGGCCGUCUUUUCAUCGCAGUUUUCCUCAGGGGUUCCUCCACACAGCAGGAUUUCUGAUUGAAAAGGACAAACUUAUUUAAUGAUUAUUUCAAAUCAAAGCCGCCCCAAACGACUUCCAUGUAGAUAGAGGGAAGUAAAACCACCCUCAACCCACUGACAUCAUGAGAAAAUGUCACAAGAUAAUCUUUGAAACAAUCAGACCUUGUGUUAAAGGUUUUAUAAGAUAUUUAGCAGAUUGAUGAUUAAGAUGUUGACUUCUUGAAGCUUGUUUGAGUCUGUGCUCAGUUUAAAUCUUGCAUUUCUCUUCUUGGUACAGAGCUUAGGUGUGGUGUUAUACGUGUUGGUGUGCGGCGCUCUACCCUUCGACGGCAGCACUCUACAGAAUUUGCGGGCACGUGUCCUCAGUGGCAAGUUCCGCAUCCCCUUCUUUAUGUCCACAGGUAGGACUCCUGUCCUCUCUUACCCUGUCCUCUGUCUCUCAGCUUCCUCGUUCUGUCUAAACCUGAAUCAGUCAGAUGUCUCAUGAUGUUUUUUCCUGCCCGGCGGCCAUGCGAAAUCUGAAGGGAUGCUUUGUUUUCUGUAAAUAACACAUUUUCCACUCUCGGCUGAAAGGAUGCUAUCAGAGGUGUCCUGUGGGGUUUUCAAACCAAGUGACUCUGCCAGCUUCAGUAAUCAUUUUUCUCUAGCAACAUUUGCAAGUCAUAUAUCUUUUUGUGCACAUUUUAUUACCCUGUUUUUUUGGAAGCAGUUGACAUUACAUAAGCUUUCGAGCAUUACAUCAUUAGUGAGUUUGUUGGUGUUACUGAUUGUUUUUCUCGGGAUUAGCCUUUCAUGAAUGUCAGGUUUGUCCUAGAAGAAUUGUUUCUCCGUUGUUUGUGAGGUUCCAUGGAGCAAACCGUGACAGGCUGCUAAAAAGAUUUCAUCAUAGUUCUUGUUGAGUUAAAAAAAAUUACACACAGAACCAUUGAUGGCGACUUUUUUAAAGUUCAAAAAUAAAUUUGAAGCUGGUACGCUUUGCUUCAGUUUUGGACCAAGUGAUUGAACUUUUAACAGUUCACAUAACACAGUGGAAAACAGUUCUUUCUCUGAGAACAAAGCAGCAGUUUCAGCAGGUUAAAACUAUGCUACCAGACUCCACGUACCGUAUGUUUCUAAUAUGAGUGCACCUGCAUGUUUGUGUGCCAUUGCAGACUGUGAGUACUUGAUCAGACACAUGUUAGUGCUGGAGCCCAGCAAGAGGUUGACCAUGGAGCAGAUCUGUAAGAACAAGUGGAUGAGACAAGGAGACCCAGAUCCAGACUUCGACCGGGUGAGUCUUCCCAAAAAGUACCAAGCAAGAAGAACCUUUAGGGCCAGUUUAAGGGGACACAGAGGGGGGGUUUUCUCACAUGGUGUAUGGGCCUUUUAAAAGUUCUCCAUUAGGUUACUAUAAUAAAAGAUGAAUCUCAGUUUAAGGCCUUAGUAGUGCAGAAACUAGGUGAAAACUAGAAAAAAAAAAAAGUGUGUUUUUUAGGUGAAAACAUAGUCGAAGUGUGGAAAUAGUGCUGGUCGCCUGGCAAAAGCUCACAGCACAGAGAGAGUUUAUCACCUCUAUCUCACCACAAUAAAGCAAAUUUGUUUAUGUUCAAUUCAUCCUCAGACUCAGGAGUAAGGAGCUGCCCUGACUGUUGAAUAUUUGACUCACAAGAUUGUCACAUGACGCUGCCUGUCUGACCAUUUAUUCUCAAUUUCUUAAUUCCUCUCUGUCUCUUUCUUUCAGUUGAUAGUGGAGUGUGAGCAGGUAAAGACAGAAAGGGAGACAGAGCUCAUCAAUGAGCAGGUGUUGAUUGCGAUGUCUGACAUGGGCCUGGACAGAGAGCGGACACUUCAGGUAGGAAAUGUUUGCAGCUGACACGUGUGGCCAUCAUUUUUAAGAAAACAAGUUAAUUAGUACUUUUCUCUCUUUUUCUGUCUAGUCCCUACAAACAGAUGCAUACGAUCACUACAGUGCCAUCUAUAGUCUGCUGGCUGACCGCCUCAAGAAACACAAGACCCUGCGUGUCGCAGCACCCCCACCGCGCUCCAUUAGCUAUCCUGUACGGGUAAUGCAUGUUGCCAUGUCAUGAUGCAGGUUUUUUCUGACUCCAUUAGAGCAUUUUCAACACAGUUUAAUAGUUCAAGACUGUAUUGUACCAGGCAACUGAAUUCAGAAUCAAAGUGGAAAAAUGAUGGUGCUCUGACUCUAGCGUCCAGUCUUUGUGAGGGUCUCCAAAGUCCCUGAAUCUGCUUUUUUCGACAAUCCUCUGAUUAAAAAACUGACCUUUUCCAUGAUAUUCUAACUGAAGAUGAAAGCAGAUGAUUUGUAGGAGUAUUGCUUUAAAUUAAGAGUUUUUUUCAGGAUCAUAAAUGUGGUUGCAGAACGCAGGGAGGCGUGAUCUAGUUCAGCGAACUGUUCACAUGCUGAUAUGUUUCAGUAUUAUUGUCAUCAGCCCACUUAAUGGAGUUGAUAUGCAUAAUCCGCGUCUGCCAUUUACUCUGCACUAAGGAGAUUGUUAGAAAAGUGGAACAGCCUUCACCUGACCUUUACAUGUCUGUUUGUGUGUGUCGUGUUGUGUGCGUGUGUGCGUGCCCAGCAGACGGAUUCGCAGGGUAAUCCCGUUAGCAUAACUGUCCCCCACGUCCAGCUCAUCAACCCAGAGAACCAGAUUGUUGAGGUGAGUUGACCUGGUUGCGUCAAUGUGGCACUAAGAGGUUGGGUAGUGAGGCUGAUGUAAGCACGCUUAGGACCAGACGAAAAUAUGACCCUUAACCUCACUCGCUAUCAGCUUCUAGUCGCUGCUACUCUUUGUUGUAGAACAAAUCACUCAACAUGGCAGAUCCCAGACUCGUAUCUUAAUGAUUUACAUUUCUGUCACUCCAUUAUUAGCAGCUCUCUGCUGCUACUAUCAGUAAGGCUGGGAAUGGUCCAUGAUUGGACACACACAAUCAAGCAUGCACACACAUCCAAAUAUAACUCACACAGCCUCAAAGCUGACUCACAAAUGCUGUACAACACCAGAACGCAUCAGAUGACUGCAAUGCAGCGAGGAUGUGAAUACAGGACAUGAACUUUAAAGCAUGUUUAUUCUAUUUCAAAUGAGGUGAACUGUGUGUAUUGACACAAGCAGACAACACAAAGGGCAGCACUAAUCACUGUAUGUUUGUAUUGUUCCGGUGUAGCCUGAUGGCAGUAUGGCUUUGGAUAGUGAUGAAGGGGAAGAGCCGUCUCCAGAAGCCAUGGCUCGCUACCUUUCAAUGAGGCGGCACACAGUGGGGGUUCCAGACCAAAGGUAAAUCAGACACACCUGAUAGAGCGCCGUGAAGCAGGUUUUUCUCAGUUGAGUGUCACUCAGCCUGGUUCAUGCUUCUGCGUUAAGUCUCUGCCAUUGUCAACCAGUGAGCUUGAUGUGUUUUGUGGUCCUGCAUCCUGCAAAAAAGUUGUUGUAAGGAUCAGUAGUGUUUCAAAAAAGAUCCAUAUUCAUUCAAGAGAAACAUCUGGGACAAACACUUUAGAGUUUGUCCACUGUAGAUAAAGUUGUAAAAAAUAUUAGUAUGUGUUUUCCACCAUGGUCUGACAAAGCUGGUUUAAGAUGACCCCUUAAUAAGUGGUCUAACAUUUAAGGUGCAGCUGUUCUCAGGGUUAAUAGACUAAAUAAGAGGUAUUUAUAGGUGGGCAUGCUACAUUUUCAGCACCUCUCUUCUGUCGUGUCCCUCCUCCUAAACAGGACAGAGAUGCAGGAAGACCUCCAGAAACUACCACCAGGCUUCCCUCGAAGUGCUGUGCCCCAGGUCCCUUUCCCCCAGCUGGCCCCCACCAUGGGCCAAAUGCACACGCUCAUGCCCACACAGAGCCUGCAGCCCACACAGCAGCUGGAGUACAAGGUACUCAUCGAUAGGUGUUCAGAGAUAUUGCGUAUUGAGGGUCUUGAAAUCAGUCCGAUGGCUGAUGUUUGGGCUGUUUCUUUCAGGAGCAAUCUUUGCUGCAGCCCCCCACCCUGCAGCUGCUUAACGGCAUGGGGCCUCUCGGUCGGAGAGCUUCUGACGGCGGGGCCAACAUUCAACUACACGCUCAGCUCCUCAAGAGGCCUCGGGGGCCCUCGCCGCUUGUUGCCAGCCCGGUGACUAUCUGAAUUUCUGUUCACCUCAUAUUUUUUUCAUUCUGUCCUGGUACGGUAACUGUUGGGGUGUUUACUGACCGACUCUUUGCUUCUCUCAGCACCCUAUCCCUGCAGUCGCUCCUGUGGAUGAGGAGGGAUCAGACGGAGAGCCAGACCAAGAAGCAGUACAGAGGUAAUCUAUGAUGGCGGUUUUUGGUGGUGGGAUAGAUAAACAGGUGUGCUGUCUGAACUGGAUCCUUUGGAGGCCUUUAACCCAUGACCACAGGGUACACAAACUAGCAGGAAAGAUAUUCUAGGUACUUAGAUCUAUAUUUCUACCUUUUAGAGCCCAAAUUCACAAAAACAAACUUUUUCACGGUCUGUUUCUGUCUUUGACCAAAAGUGUGUUCACUCCAUUUUGUUGAAUCAUUUGGCUUACAAUGAAACAAGUGGAGUUUUGUAGACAUGUUUUUGUAAGGGUUAGCAGUUCAGCUUCCAGAGAGAAGGAGCUAGAGUUAGCAUAGAGGUACAGUUUGUGGAGUCCUUGGUCCUGGUUCCAGUCCCCCAGUUGGCCUUCUUCAGACAGCACCCCCUGUUGAGCUCACUGGUGUCCUGAGUUGCUGGGACUGCGUGCCUUCAGGCUACUCUGCUUUUCCUAAGGGGGUGAGGUGGCCACUCUGCUGUGGUGCUUACCCACCUCUCCUCCUCCUCUCUCCACCGCGCUGGUGUCUUCAGACUGAAUCUGCCUCCCAAAGCGAGCGCUCUUUCCUCUCAAACUCUUUGGCCGAAAAACUUCUUUGUCUUUCUCAUUUCAACACCCUACCUCACACAGCUUGGCUAACUGUAAAGCUUGCAAAACCGGCUUCCAGUCCAAUCCAUAAACUAGAAGCUGGGGGUGGUGGGAUAUACCCACAAGCUUUAACCUCCAUCGAUGCUGUGAUUAUUCUUCUGUUUUCUGAUUGGCUAAGAUGAUAUGAAUGAUAGCACCCAUUGGCAGAGGUGGGAAGGGGCGGGGCUAUUCCCCGCCCCCAUUAGCCAAUGAGGACAGUGAGCUGACCAGCGCUGCUUCCUGUCUCCCACCCUCACCCCCCGUCCUCCCCCCUCCCUGCGGCCCAGGUACCUGGCGAACCGCUCCAAGCGGCAUACGACGCACGCGCUCAUGAGCACAUCGCAUGGCGAGCCCUCUGCAGAGUCACAGCGGCCACAGGGCCCCCGCCAGAGGGGCUGCUGGGUCCCCGACAUACACACCCGGUGAGGGGACACACCCGCUCCGAGUUGUAAACACACACACACUCACACACAAACAUACACAAACAUCAGACUCCCAUUCACUGGCCUGUCUCUUGAUAACUCUCUUACACACAUUCACCCUCACCUGCACACUCAGCUGAUCUCUCUGUCUCAAACACAAGUACACACUCACACACUCACCUUGAUUGUAAUGCACAGGGGCCAGGUGAAGCUUUUACACCUUCUAAGCAGAAAGGUCAUUUUGGUUUGUCCUUAGUUAGAGGUAGAAGGUGCAGCACAUGACUAACCUGAUCUCCACACCCCCAGUAGAGCUCAGUUUCAGAAUAACCGUUUGUUUGUCCUCUGAAUCACCUGGAAAGAGCAGGUAUGUGACAGGUUCAAGUCGUAGAGGGAUGUCGUUGUUGGAGUAGUUCUGUUUGGACUCCAGUAGCAGCAGUUUCCUUGUGUUUGUGUGUCAUCCAUUCAGUAACUGUUGCUCCAGCCUUCAGUCAAGUCUGCAGACCCCUUUUUUUAAAAAGCCUGAAGAGCGAUUUGGUGCACUUUUGUCUUCAGAAGUUUGGGACGCAAUUUGAGGCAGAACAUGUCCUCUGAAGUGUGGUGUGAGUGACGCAGAUACAUGUGUGCCUGUUUUUAAAGACACAGUGCUCUGCCAAGCUUUAACAGAUGUGUAAAGCUUGAAGCUUUUUUGUCGUUCCUGGAAUAUUCCCUUGAAAACAGAUGCUGUAGUCUGAACAUGUCUUAUUUAGUCAAACCUCAGAUGCGUUGUUUAGUCCUGUGCAGUGUGCAGAGAAAAAUACUCAUGUUCAGUAUUUGCAUGACUACUGUGCUCAUCAACAAUUACAUUAUAUAGUAAAACAAAUGUAGCUGAAUGUUCCUUUAACAAAUAAUCAACUGUGACAUACAUAACUCUUACUGACUAAAGCUGUUAAUGAAUUACAGUGGUUUAUGAGAUGAAAAAUGAGAUUCAAUAGACUGUUAAGCAGCCAGCAUUGUAAAAAGUAUGCAUGUGCAUUUUGGCGACAAAGGCAGCGUUUCAGUCCGUGCAUUGAGGUGAGUUACUGAAGUUAAAACCCAGAGUAUCAAACUGUUCAAAGCAUCAAAGGUCUCAAAUCCAUCCUGCCUCGAGUAUUACUUAAAUAUAAACUUUCACAAAGUCUGCUGCUUCAGUUUUUAUGACAGCAAUUUUUGCAUAAACUUCAGAAUGAUCGCACUUUAUGAGGAGUGAUCAGAUGUCCCUCUUUGCCAUGAAAAUUAAAAAAAAAACAUUUCCACUGCAUUUCAGCCCUGCCACAAAAGAAUCAGCUGACAUAAUUUCAGUUAUUCUCUCACUAACACAGGUGAGAGUGUUGAUGAAGACAAGGCUGGAGAUCAAUCUGUCCAACUGAUUGAGUUACAAUAUAGGAAGGUGGUGCUUGAAAUCAUCAUUCUUCCUCUGUUUCCCACGGUUACCUGCGAGGAAACACCUGCAGUCAUCUUUGCUUUGCACAAAAAGGGCGUCACAGGGACGGAUAUGGAUGCUAGUAAGCUUGCACCUAAAUCAACCAUUUAUCAAAUCAUCAAGAACUUAAAAGGAGAGAGGUUGACUUGUUGUGAAGAAGGCUUCAGGACGGCUGAGAAAGUCCAGCAAGCAUCAGGACCAUCUCCUAAAGUUGAUUCAGCUGUGGGAUCCUGGCAUCACCAGUGCAGAGCUUGCUCAGGAAUGGCAGCAAGCAGGUUUGAGUGCAUCUGCACACACAGUGAGGUGAGGACUCUUGGAGGAAAGCCUGGUGUCAAGAAGGGCAGCAAAGAAGCCAGAAUAUCGGACAAAAAGGUAUUCUGCAAAAUUACAGGGGUUUGACUGCUAAGGACUGGGGUUGAGUCUUUCUCUCUGAUAAAUCCUCUUUCAGAAAAGGUGAGGGCUGCCAUCAGUCCUGUGUCGUGCCAACAGUAAAGCAUCAUUAGACCAACGUCUUCCAACCAUCCAAGAACAGUUUGGUGACGAAAGAUGCAAAAGUCAUAAAUAAGUGGCUUGGGGAACAGAGCAUACAAACUUUGGGUCCUUGGCCAGGAAACUCCCUAGACCUUAAUCCCUUAGAGAACUUUUGGUCAAUCCUCAAGAGGCGUAUGGACAAACAAAAACCUACAAACUGACAAACUCCAAACAUGGAUUAUCAGGAAUGGACGUCCAUCAGUCAGGAUUUGGCCCAGAAGUUGAUUGACAGCAUGUCAGGGUGAAUUGCAGAGGUUUUGAAAAAAGAAGGGUCAACACUGCCAAUAUUGACUUGUGGCAUAAACUCAAUAUAAAUGUCAAUAAAAGCCUGUGACACUUCUGAAGUGCUUGUCAUAAUACCAUAGAAAGAUUGAAUGAAAAGGUCUACAAACACUAAAGCAGCAGACUUCACAUGAUUUGUACAUGAUCACAGAUAAUCAGCAGUGAGUGACUCUUACAUUUGAGUCCUCUAUCAGAAGCGCUCCUUCACUGGAUAUCUGUCCUCAUGCUGACGUUCUUCUGUUCACUCACUGAAGUCACAGGGAUCUGAUGGUUGUUUAUCAUUUGUCAGAGUUAGUUUAUUUGGGUAAAUAUCAGAAUCUUUGGUGGUAAGUCACCUUGAUAAACUGCUGUACUCUGCUGUAUUUCUGUUGCCAAAAAGCACCCAGUUUCUCAUAUAGACUACUCUUUGAAAUAAUUGGCAGAAUAACCCAAAAGAACGUGAUGUUUUUGACCAAUCAGCUGCAUGAUCUUUGGACUCUUGUUUGUUAGUGAAAGAAAACCAAAGUUGUGAAAACUAUGCAGGUUUAAAGAACUUCUCAUUUUUCUGUCUGUGUUUGUGAAUGACUAAAUGUGUGUGUGUGUGUCAAUGUUAUGUGUCACGUUGUGUUUAUUGCGUCUUCUUGUGUGUGUGUGUUUGUGUACACCCGUGUUUGGUCCCCCCCUCUUCAGAUCCAGCUAUAAAGACUGUAACACCCUUCACCUCCCCAUGGAGCGCUUCUCACCUGUCAGGCGGUUCUCGGACGGCGCUGCCACCAUCCAGGCCUUCAAGGCUCACCUGGAGAACAGCAGCCUUAUCAAGCAGCUCAAACAGGUACGAAAGCCACUAUCUGGAGGUGCUGAUUGAUUUUCAUUUUGGGUACAUUUUUGUGGAGGACAAAACCAGUAAAAAAAAACAACUGUCUUAUCAUCUGCUUAGACUCUCACUCCCACUGGGUUGGCCCCUGAUUUUUCUGAUAAAUGAAGAAGCUCUGAUGAGACUGAGUGGAUACUCGUGUUUCCUCAGGGGAAAAGUGCUGAAAUUGAGAUAAAGCCCAGCUAGUGUGGUGUCAUUUUGACCCUGAUAACACAGACCACAGGAGAUCAGCAUCAUGAGCUCAGGCUAAAGUCACUUACUGGGUAAACACCUCCCAUAGGGUCUUAAUACCGUCCUGCCUCCUCAUGUUGUCUCCUCUGACUUUGGCUGACAUUUAACUCUUGAACAGCAAAGAAUGAUCAGGUGGGACUGGUGAUCCUUCCCCUCUUAUUUUUCAUUCAGCUGAUUUCUGGUUGCAGAGUUUGGCCCCUAAAGUUCAGCCUAAGCCUUCAGGAGCUUCUGAUGUAACUGCAUCAGGGAUAAGCUUUUAUCCAUGGCCUGCUGAUUGUGCACCAAGGCUACAGGCUGGGUUACAAAGUGAGAGGUGAAUUUAGGGUCACUACAGCACAGCAGACAAACGAACUCUCUCUGAGUGCAACCGAGCGUUUCCUGCUGGGUCACCAGACUUGAGUAGAAAACUUGGACAUCCAGAGAUAAAAGAGCUUAUUUUAGGGUGAACGGGCAAAAGUAAGUAGAAAAAGCUAUUUGAUCAAACUUUCAUCCCAUGAUAAAACUGUAUAAAAUCAAAUACAGAUUCUGGAUGAGUUCUCAUUUGAAACACAACAGCUUCAAAAAAUCAUCUCCUUUUAUCAGCAGGUUAAACGUAGAAAUAAUCCUUAAGUGCUUAAACUAAAUCACAUCCAAACUAAUGAUAUUGUUGUUAACAUGAACAGAAAGAAAUAAUCAAAUGUAAACAAGCAGCAGUAAAUAUUGGAUAAUUGGCUUGAAAAAAAAGACAGCAUUGGCGUGAUAUGAUCCAACAGGGUGAUAAACAAUUAAAUUUAGAGAUAAUGACUGAAGGCAAAAUAUCGGAUAAUAAUAAAAACUGUGUUUGUACCGCACCUUAUAAAAAAGACUACAAAGAACUCAGAACAACAUCUUAUUUUAAGAGAAAAGAAACCCAAACAACAGCAAACAACAGCCCAUCAUCAAGUACCCCAAUUCUGCUGUGUCUUGGCUUAGGGAUCAAAUCACUGCAGUGAAAUGUACUUUCUGAUCUUUACUUUUAGAUUCAUCAUUCAUAGAAAUGCUACUCUGCUACACUAGUGUGGUCUGAAACCAAGACUGAGAGGGAGGAGAAAGUGUAUUUGUCGAUAAUAUUCAGGAGUGCAUGUCUAAAAUGUCUUAUUAGUAUCAAUGUCAGUGGUAAUAUGGUUACACUCUGACAUCUGGGAUUCCUGUUUAAUGCAGCACUAUUUGCACUUCUCAAGAGCUCCUGUCUGGCUGUCACAGGCUGUCAUUAGCUUCACCUGUGACGUCUUAACUUCACUGACACAGAUUGCAGAUAAAUGUUGAUGUGUAAACUGAGCCGCCUUUUCGGUGAAAUGUGCUGUUCCUGCUCCAUCUGGAGGAUUACAGGAGAAAACUACCCACUGAAUUUGAACAUGAUAACCCUUCAAAUUUAGACCUUAAAUUCAUUCAAAUUAGUGAUGGGCAAAAGUAAAUAUGCAGCCAGAUCGUGAGGACAGGGAUUAUGGUAACCUCAAUAUACUGCUGAGCUAGCAACAAAGUGGAUCAGUGUCAGGAACAGAGACCAUUCAGAAUGUAAGAGAUGACGUUCAACAGGUGAGUUUAAACAAAGCCGUUCCCUGAAACAACCUCACUCAGGCUGCUUAGAAAGACAUCACAUCAUUCGCUCUGAUGCUCCAACCAGAUUAACUCCCCCAGUUGGAAGCGCAGGCAGGGAGAGGGAUAAUCAUCAUGUUCACCGUGGGUGCUUUAUCUGAAACAUGUACCGGCGUGCUGGGAUUAUCAUUACACUCAAGUGCUAAGCAGGUUAAUAUGUGUGGAGGAAAGGUUAAAACACACGCGCACGCACACACACGUACACAAACAUGACCUUCACUUAAAGAGGUGCAGAGGAAGGAUUGUAUAGAGUAAACAGUAUAAGGUAGGAGUGUAUGACCUCAGAGUAAGACUUUAAGUGUGUCUUUAAGCGGUCCGACAGCCUUUAUAUUUUCAUUCAUUUUAAUCUCUACUUUCUGAUGACUUGCUGACUUUAAUUGACUUGGAAAUAAGCUUGACUCCAGCAACACGUGUUCAUCAAAUAGUCACAAUUGGAUGUCAUCGGCUCUUAUUUUAACCUGUAAACCUGUGAACCCAGCAGACCAGUUUCUGAAGUUUUUAAAAUUGACAUGUUGUCCCGUUGUUGCCUGAUAAAGAAUUUCAGCUGCUCAACAGGUCAGGAUCUCCUCUGUUUCUAAUGGGGGAUAAGUCAGGACUGCAGUCAGUCAGGCCAGUUUCUCAGCAGGGCUUCUCUACUACAGAGCCAUGCUGUUGUAAUCACUGCAGAAAGUGUUUUGUCAAUGUCUUGCUGAAAUACAACUUAACAGUUAACAUGAACACACAGCCAUAUACUGUUAACGUAACUUAGUGAAUGGAUUGUUAAAACAUGGUGCAGGUCUGACAGUUCUGCAUGUCUGUGUUUCCAACAGGAGUGUGAGCAGCUCCAGAAAAUGUACGCCGCCCAGCAGGAUGAGCGACUCCUGGAGCACACCCAGCAACAGCAUGUCCUCUACCAGCAAGAGCAACAAAUCCUCCACCAGCAAAUCCAGGUACCUGCAGCCAUCGGGGGUCAAAGGGAGGUCAUUAAAAGACAAGGGUGGAUGGGAGGGUUUGUGGCUUUUCCUGCAGGAUGGGUUGAGCUGUAUCAGCUGACCUCAUCAAUCAGUGGAAACCAAUCAUUUAUCUGUCGAUUUUUCAAUCUUUAUUUAUUUAUUUUUUGCACGUGCAACAACUUAAAUAACCACAAAUCCACAAGAAAAUCCUGCUUUACAGAAGCUUUAAGUCAAAUAAAUACUUUUUGCCUGCAGGGUCUGUCUCUAGGCCAUGGAGAGAGCCAGCCCAGUCACCUAACCCACCAGCUCCAGAGGUACACACACACACACACACACACACACACACACACACACACACACACACACACACACACACAUAAAGAAACAAGCAUUACUCAUCAUCUAUUGAACAAUGAACUUGAUACCGUGCUGCAGUGCUAUCGACUGAAGUGUUACAUCAUUGUCAUAUCUCUCUCUUCUCCUCUCCUACUCCGGGCUGUCCUCCCUCAGAUUGCGAAUCCAGCCCUCCAGCCCUCCGCCAACACAUCCCAGCAACCACCUCUUCAGACAGUCCAACCAGAGCCCUCCGCCUGGCUCUGCAGGCAUGAUGCAAGGGCAUGGUUAGUAAAACUACUGCUACAGUACUCAGAUUAUCACCAUACUGUUACAAAUGUAGAUGCAGCGGCUUACUGAACUUUAGGAAUCUAGUAGAAAUACUUAGUCAGGAUUUUCUGAAUUGAACGACAAGAAGUCUCAGCUAGUUUGAAAGAAAUUAAAAUGCCUUGUAUAAGUGAGAGAAGAGUCAUCAUCCGGCAAUUAAACACAUCUGCAAAUAGUGCAAAAACAAUAAAUCAGAUGUUCAAAACGCAUUUCAAAAAGUUGUUACAGAAACAACCAAACAGGUCAAAGUUACGUUGGAGGAACAUCUCAUAGUUCAGCACUUUCAGAAUAAUGUUCCUGAGCGUAAAGGAGCAUAAGGGAGAACCUUCUCUGGACCUGAGCCCAUUUGAGACAGACUAGGGAGUUUAAAAUAUGAGAUUCAUUUUGAACAUCAUGGAUGUAGCAUCCGCCAUUCUAAGGAGUAGAGGAACCACCGGGCUUGUGUCCAGCUUGGAGUUCAAAGCCAGCACCCCUGAUGGUAUGGGGAUCAUCACGUCUGGUCUCUUUAGUUCCUAAACGUUUACAGUGUCUUGCUAAAAGAAGAGCUGAUGCAUCUAAAUUUAUAGUUUCCUGCUCAUCUAGAAUUCAGUCUAAAAAAUAAAUUAUGUUGUGUCCCUGGCUUCCAGUCCUCAGAUCUUGCUUAUGUGACUCCUCGUUUUCUCUAGUAGGACCGUCACCAGUGCAGUACCAGCAUGGUACUCCCGCGCUGUAUCAGGGCCAGAGCGGCAGCCCGCCUCCCACAGGCAUGCCCCGAGUCUCUCUACCGACCAAUCCACAAGCGGCAUCCACCCGCCCCGCUGUCCCACUGGCUCCUGGUGUCCCACAACAGCAGCAGGUGAUUUCAAAGAUCUUGUGCAGUUUGUGUCUUUCUGUGUCUGUGUCUGCGGUCUUCUUCCAUGUGCAGCCUGUACUGUUUUAUCAGAGGAAAGGGGUUCAUUGUCAGUGUUACUCUGACUCUUUACACAGGUGACCAUUCAGGUUCAGGAUAUCGAGCUUGGAGGUGGGGCGCAGAGACCGGGCACCUUUUUGGCAACGCCAGGUGGACACAAAGUCCUGGGGAAGCAGCUGAGCGCAGACAAUGCUGAGUCGCACAGGUGACCCCUCCCAUCCUGUCAGCAUGUCCCUCGAUGGCGACCAUAUAACAAUGGACUAUUCCUGCGUCUUCUUUAACGCCACAACCUCGCCUCUCCAAACACACACCUUCAUGUUGUUUGUUGUGUUUUGUGACUAUCUCACUGUCUAUUUUGUGCUUCACAUUUCUGCCAUGUCUGCUGAUGUUCCUCACAUUUCAUUUUGAGACUGAAGGUCAGAGCACAGCUUUUAUUUAGGAGGGCAGAUGAUUUGAAAUGUAAUGUAAAUACCUCGUCUACUUUUGCUGGGAUGACUUCCUCAACAAAUCCUCCACCUCUUUGUAGCUGGGUGAGUGGUUACAUGUUUUUUUAAAGCGGUGUUUUAGCGUAGGAGAAGAGUCGACCUGUGACCCCUGAGAUCACCACUUAAAGAAACAGAUCCCUGCACCCGGGCCUUCACUGAGAGAGAGUGUCAUCAUCUUCUCAAACACUCUUUAUACCGUCUAAUGUCUGCACUCCUCUCUGUGAAUCCUUGAACCUGAGCUCAGCUGCUCUGUUUGUUAGGCGUACUGUGUGUAGUGCUGUAAUGAGGACCUCUGUCUGAAGGUAGAUGGUGUCUUUGCAGAAUUGUUGCACGAGUGUGUUGAUGAUGUUUACCCAGUAGGUAACUUUAGUCUGUGUUUUCUCCUCCUAUGCAGUCGCAGCCUUGGCCGCUUCACAUCCGGCUACGACCAGACCCAGUUCAGUCCUCAUCUCUUCUCUGACGCCUCACGUGGCGCCCCCGGUGUGGUCGGCACCUACAGCCCCUACUUGCAGGGAGCCUCUCUCAAAGUCCCAGGCCUGGAGGGUUACCAGAGCGGGGUUGUUGGAACUGGUGGCUAUGGCACCCCGUCUACACUACAGCAGGCCCUGCUUUCCCCAACUCCUUUGGACUACCGCCCCCCUCAGCAGCACGUCACCCCCACCCUACAGGGCCUCCUGUCCCCCCGCCACUCUUUAACAGGCCACGCCGACCCCAGACUCCCCCCUCAAGACCUGGCUGCUCUGCUAAAAAGGCAGAGCCCCCGGCCAUGCCCAACGCCCCAGACACCGCCCAGUGGUGCACCCCAAGAGUACGGAGAGAUGCUGCUCCUUCGCCAGCUGAGCCAGGGUGAGAGCUUUGAUCCCCCAGCACCACAGGGUGCCCCCGGGGGUCAGCACUACCACCACCUCCUCCAGAUUCGACCACCAGACGUGCAGCCACAGCAGCAUCCAGCCCAGGCGCCCUGCCCCAGCCUACCGCACUCGGAGAGCAUGGAGGAGGAUGAGGUACCAACUGCUUUCCACCACCCACACGAGGGGCUGCUGGCCAAGGCGGGGGAGGCUCAUGAGCUCCUGGGGCCUCCUCGGGGUGGGACCCCACCUUACAACUCGCCUACACACAGGCAUGGCGGCUUUAUUAGGAAUGCCCCAACAACUGGAGGUGAGACCUGUUUAGAGUUCUGCGGAGGUCUAAGUGUGUCCGGACUGAUGGGAGUGUUUCUUUCUGUUUGAAUGGCUUUAAUUCACUGAUCUCUGAAAUCUGAAAAUAUCAUCAGAGCAGGUGAUUUCUGACUCUUCCUUCACAAUUGUCCCACUGUUCAUAAAGUUUUCAAUUAUUCCUCCUGCUAGAACCUGAGCAUGCGGAGUGCAGGCCCCCAGGGCAGGCCAUGGAGGUGCCUGAUCACAAUGGUGUGGGGUAUUCGCGAGGUCCCCAGGGUGACGCCUAUAGGUCCCGUGGACAACUCCAGCGCCACCACACCAUCCAGACCUGUGAUGAUGCCUACGUGAGUAACAGUUGACCUUUUAUGAAGAGCCUGAAGUCAAACAAGGAAAUGUCCAAUGUGUAUAUUAUAAAAUAGGUGUGAGGAUCAUUCAGUUCAACCUGGAUUUAGCUUUUGUGACUUCUAAGAGCACCUAACGGCUGAAACACACAUCCACACACAUCAGGUGUGAAAAUUAGAAAUUUAGUCUUUCAUGGAUGGCUAUGCGAAAAUGGCUCCAUGGUUCCCCCCUAGAUUGUUUAGAAAAGGGCCCUCAUAGAGGUUUUCUUUUAAUCUCCAUGGGAUAGGUUUCACCACGAAACAAGAAGUAUGUUUACUGAAUCUAGUCUGUGUUUGAUCACAGCCAUAGCACUCCUGAGUAGCCGUGGGAAAUAUUAUGAUUUUUCUCUGAGAUUUCUAAGUCGGUCUGUCUGACAUCUAGUCAGAUCUGUCUGUUCUCAGGUGUUUUAACACACUAUACCUUUAUGCUGAGUCAUUCAAACGAACCACUGGAGCUGAUUUCAGCUCCUCAUAGCUGUAGUAGCACCAACAAGUGUGUCUGAAACUGCUCUUUACUGUCUUCACAGGAUCAGGCAGAUCCCAUGUCUGGGAUGAGCCUGCUGGCCGGUAAGGCACUAAGCUCAGCUCGCAUGUCCGAUAUUCUUAGCCAAACGUCACUGACUGGAAGCCAGCAGCUGCACCAGCGGGAAGAGACAGGUAAGAAGGAGGAAGGCUGUGUGUCUUAAAAAACACACCUUUGAUUGGUUGUAGGUUUCCCUCGUCUUUACCUUUUAAAUGUGUUUGUUUUUCAUACAGUAUGUGAUGUUGAAGGGGAGCUCCACGCUGCAGCCUGCUACCCCUCCUCCUGCACCAGUGACAUGCUCCUCAGCUACAAGCCCCCAGACCUGCAAUACAGCAUGGAGCAGGCUGGGGUCUAG